UAAAAGGCAUGCAGUGUCUUGUGUCAAUGUUUUAGAGAGAGAAACCAAAACGCGCUCCCGCCCUUCUAGAGAGAGAAACAUCAAGCCUGAUUUUCCCACUGCUACACUCGCUUUUCUGGUGGUGAAAAUAUGGAGUGGCCGACGUAUUUAGAUGAAUAUGAAAAGCUUCUCAUUCGAAUGUCUACGCCGAGGGUCAUGAUCGACAAUGUGGGCUGCUCCAACGCGACCGUCCUCACGAUCGAUAGUGCUAGAAAGCACGGGAUUCUUCUGGAAGCUAUUCAGGUUUUGACGGAUUUGAAUCUAUCGAUUAAGAAGGCUUACAUUUGCUCCGACGGCCGGUGGUUCAUGGACGUUUUUCACGUUACCGAUCUGAACGGAAACAAAUUAACUGAUGAAAGCGUUUUGGGCUGCAUUGAGGAGUCACUAGAGACGGUUCAUUAUGGUAGAUCAAAGAGUAUUGAUGGCCUAACUGCUUUGGAGCUAACUGGCACGGAUCGGGUCGGGCUGCUAUCUGAGGUUUUUGCGGUGCUGUCGAAUCUGCAUUGCAAUGUGGUUGAUGCCAAGGUGUGGACGCACAACGGCCGUAUUGCGUCGCUGAUCUAUUUGACGGACGAUGAUUCGGGCUGCUCGGUGGAGGACUCGGAGAAGCUGGAGAAAAUGGAGGGGAUGCUGCGGAAUGUGUUGAGAGGGGAUAAUGAUAUCCGGAGUGCUAAGACCUCGGUGUCUCUGGCCGUUACUCACAUGGAGAGACGGCUUCACCAAAUGAUGUUCGCGGAUAGGGACUACGAUGGUAACGUUUGUGGCGAUGUGCCCUUGGUGUUGGUGCAGAACUACUUGGAGAAGGAUUACUCUGUUGUGAGUAUUCACUGCAAGGAUAGGAACAAGCUUCUGUUCGAUGUGGUUUGCACGUUGACGGACAUGGGGUACGUCGUUUUCCAUGCUACCGUGGACACAUCGGGCGACAGAGCAUCAUUGGAAUUCUUCAUCAGACACAUGGAUGGCACCCCGAUAAACUCGGAGGCCGAAAAGCAGCGCGUUAUCCUCUGCAUUGUGGCAGCGAUCAAAAGGAGAGCAUCUCAGGGUGUAAGGCUCGAGCUCUGCACGGUCGAUAAGAAAGGUCUCCUGGCCGACGUGACGCGGACAUUCCGCGAGAACGGGCUCAACGUCGUGAGAGCGGAGAUCUCGACGUCCAUGGGGACGGCCAGGAACGUGUUCUACGUGACGGACGCCAUGGGUAAUGCUGCGGAUGAGAAGCUCAUCGACUCGGUCCGGCAUAAGAUUGGGGUGAGUAGCUUGAAAGUGAAGGAGCUGCCGUUGAUAUAUCACGAGAAAGGGGAGAGGGAGGAGGCGACGGCCAUGAUUUGGUCAAUUGGUAACAUGGUGAGGAGGAAUCUAUACAACUUGGGAUUGAUCAAAUCUUGUUAUUGAUUAUGACACGGGUCGGUUUUGUUUUGUUUGGUGGCAUAUUUACUUGCUUGGAUGCUUUGAGGUUUGGUUUGGCUGGUCUGGAUUUGAGAAAUUGAACAACACACAUACUAGGUGGAUGACAUGGGGCCCACCUCCCCAACGACCUUUUCUUUUAUAAUGAGAGAGUGAAAUUAUGGUUGGAAAAAUUAGAUGAGAGAAGAUAGGUUGGUAGUAGUGGUUAGUAGGGGAUCUUGGUUUCUUUCUCAUAGGAUAUGUCUUCUGUAAAUAGUUAAGCUUUUCUUUUUUGAAUUUUAUUACAGCUUUUCUAGUCUAUAAAUUUGGUGAUGGAAUGGACAGCUUAACCAUA